AGUCUUUGAGAAAGGGAGGAAAAUAAUCCAAAUCCUGCUGAAAGCCGGUUUUGCCAUAAAACGGAGUAAGGUCAAGGGACCUGCCCAGGAGAUUCAAUUUUUGGGAAUAAAAUGGCAAGAUGGACGUAGACAGAUCCCCACAGAUGUGAUCAACAAGAUAACAGCAAUGUCUCCACCAACUAAUAAGAAAGAAACGCAAGCUUUCUUGGGUGCAGUGGGGUUCUGGAAAAUGCACAUCCCAAAUUACAGUUCGAUUGUAAGCCCCCUCUAUCAUGUGACCCAGAAGAAGAAUGAUUUUAAAUGGGGCCCUGAGCAGCAACAAGCCUUUGAGCAAAUUAAACGCGAGAUAGUUCAUGCAGUAGCCCUUGGACCAGUCCGGACUGGGCCAGAUGUAAAAAAUGUACUGUACACUGCAGCUGGGGAGAACGGUCCUACCUGGAGCCUCUGGCAGAAAGCUGCAGGGGAGACUCGAGGUCGACCCCUCGGCUUUUGGAGUUGGGGAUACAAAGGAUCUGAGGCCAGCUAUACCCCAACUGAGAAAGAGAUACUGGCAGCCUAUGAAGGGGUUCGAGCUGCUUCGGAAGUGAUUGGCACUGAAGCACAGCUCCUCCUGGCACCCCGGCUGCCCGUGCUGGGCUGGAUGUUCAAAGGCAGGGUCUCCUCUACACAUCAUGCAACCGAUGCUACAUGGAGUAAAUGGGCUGCACUAAUUACACAACGAACUCGAAUAGGAAAUCUCAGUCGUCCAGGCAUUCUGGAAGUUAUCACGGACUGGCCAGAGGGCAAAGAUUUUGGAAUGUCACCAGAGGAGGAGGUGAUGCGCGCUGAAGAGGCCCCACCAUAUAAUAAACUGUCAGAAAGUGAAAAGCAGUAUGCCUUGUUUACUGAUGGUUCUUGCCGUAUUGUGGGAAAGCAUCGGGGAUGGAAGGCAGCUGUAUGGAGUCCUGGACGACAAGUUGCAGAAACUGCUGAAGGAGAGGGUGAAUCGAGUCAGUUUGCUGAGGUGAAAGCCAUCCAGCUGGCCCUGGACAUUGCUGAACGAGAAAAGUGGCCAGUACUUUAUACUGACUCAUGGAUGGUGGCAAAUGCCCUGUGGGGGUGGUUGAAGCAAUGGAAGCAGAGCAACUGGCAACACAGAGGUGAAUUAUUUUUGGCCCGGUGGGCCCAUGACACUUCAGGCCAUCAGGGCAGAGAUGCAACAUAUAGAUGGGCCCGUGACCAAGGGGUGGACUUAACAAUGGACACUAUUGCCCAGGUUAUUCAUGAGUGUGAAACAUGUGCUGCAAUUAAACAAGCCAAGCGGUUAAAGCCUCUUUGGUAUGGAGGACGAUGGUUGAAGUAUAAAUAUGGGGAGGCCUGGCAGAUUGACUAUAUCACACUGCCACCAACCCGCCAAGGCAAGCGCCACGUGCUUACCAUGGUGGAAGCAACCACCGGGUGGCUGGAAACAUACACUGUGCCCCAUGCCACUGCCCGGAACACUAUCGUGGGCCUUGAGAAACAGAUUUUGUGGUGACACGGCACCCCAGAGAGAAUUGAGUCAGACAAUGGGACUCAUUUCCGGAAUAACCUUAUAGAUAUUUGGGCCAAAGAGCAUGGCAUUGAGUGGGUAUAUCACAUCCCCUACCAUGCACUAGCCUCUGGGAAAAUCGA